CUUAAAAACGGAGGAUCCGUUCUUCGUUACAUUCCGCCACUGCCAGCCAAUCCCAGUGCAUAUAAAACUUAAAUAUUCAAUCAAGCAAACAUGUGGAAUGCCAUUUAUCUUAAACAAAUUACAUACUUUUUUUUUGUCGUUGUCGAAAAUAUAAAGUUUUGCCAGUUUUCUACAGCUCAUUUAAUUAUUUUGGGAUGGAAGAGUUGCUGUAUUCAUCACCGAAUGAACUCACUCUUCCAAAAGGGCACAGUUUUUUGUCAUGUAAAUUGGCGCGGAGGGCUCAGACUGAGCGAGAGUGCAAGUGGGGAGAUAACUGCCUCCUGCCAAACUAUAAACUCUUUUAGUUCCGUACUUUUCCUGUAGCUUGUUUUAAAGAGCGCAACCCUGCAAACUUUUAUGCUUUCGCUUCCACAGGACAACUCCUUCUUCAUCUUCACUGUGGAUGCACAUUUCUCCAAACUCUCGGGUCACGGAUGCCAAAUAGGAUCUAGCCGGGCAGGGGUGGGGGGUUUCUCGGCUUAAUUAUUACUGGACUUUGGAACUCGGACUGGUGUGAGAUCAGAAACAGUUGCAGGGAGGCGAUGGGGAGAUGGACUUUGCAUCUCUCAGUGGGACUUGGGCUUUUGCUCAUUCUCAUGACCUUCUCUUACACUGAAGCCAACUAUUGCUUUGACACCAGGUCCAAAACCUGCUCAGACUGCCUGCAAGCAGGAACGGGCUGCGCCUACUGUCCAGAAGAGACCUUUAACGGACCUCGCUGUGACCUGUACGAAAACAUCCUGGCUCAGGGAUGCAGCGCUGCCACCGUGAUCACGGCCAAAAGCGGCAUGAAGAUCGAAAGAAAACAACAGAUUGACAUCCGAAGGGCGCAGUCGCAGGUGUCCCCGCAGCAGAUGAGCAUGUCUUUUCUGCCAGGGGAAGAGAAGACUGUCGACGUGGAAGUCUUUGCGCCAACCAAAGGCCCUUUGGAUCUCUACAUCCUCAUGGACUUUUCCAACUCCAUGGAAGACGAUUUGGACAACUUGAAGAGGAUGGGCCAGGAGCUGGCUUCACUGGUGAAGAAGCUGUCAGACGACUACACCAUCGGAUUCGGAAAGUUUGUGGACAAAGUUAUUGAGCCCCAAACUGACAUGAGACCUGAAAAACUCGCACAACCGUGGCCCAGAAGCGACCCACCGUUCUCUUUUGAAAACGUCAUCAAACUGACCAAAGACUUGAACUUCUUUACCGAUGAGCUCCAGAAGGAAAGAAUCUCUGGCAACCUGGAUGCUCCCGAAGGAGGCUUUGAUGCCAUUCUGCAGGCUGCAGUCUGCGGGGAUAGUAUCGGUUGGCGCGAACACAGCACUCAUCUGCUGGUUUUCUCCACCGAGUCCGCCUUCCACUACGAGGCCGACGGCGCCAACGUGCUUUCGGGCAUCCUGCCGCGCAACGACGAGCAGUGCCACCUGGACGCGGACGGCAGAUACACGAUGGAUACCGCUCAAGACUACCCCUCCAUACCCACACUUGUCCGUUUGCUGGGCAAACACAACAUCAUUCCCGUAUUUGCUGUCACCAACCACUCCUACACAUACUACAAGAAACUCCAAACGUAUUUCCCGAUUGCCGAGGUGGGCUUGCUGCAAGAGGACUCCUCCAACAUCCUGCAGGUCAUGGAGAUUGCGUUUAAGAGUAUCCGUUCUAAGAUGAGCAUUCGGGCAGAAGACAGGCCCAAAGCUUUCGAGGCUCAGUUCCUAUCCACCGCCGGAAAGGUCGCAGAAUACGGAGCCUUUGAUUUCAAGCCCGGAGCCAUCGGAAAAUUCAAGAUGCGCCUCAAAGCCCAGAGGAUGAUCGACGAUUCUCCGGUCUGUAAGAUGGACGUGGAUGAAAAAGAAGGCGUGAUGAGAAUCAAACCAACAACCUUUAGCUCUGCCGUGAAUGUGAACGCCAGAGUGCUAUGUCCAACUUGUGACUGCGAGAAGACUGCCAUCCGUAACGCGCCCAGAUGCCAUGGAAACGGAGACCUGGUGUGUGGGAAAUGUCAGUGCCACGAUGGCUGGUUGAGCACAUUCUGUAACUGUUCCGCUAGUGCUUCAGCGCUUGACACCAGACUGUGUAUCGGUCCAGGAUCUACUGAACCUUGUUCAGGUCGUGGAGAUUGUCUGGAAUGUGGAACCUGCGUCUGCUACAAACCUGACCAGUUUGAAGGACCUUACUGCCAGUACGAUAGAACCCAGUGUCAGCGAUUCGGAGGCUUCCUCUGCAACGAUCGUGGAUCCUGCAUCAUGGGUCGCUGUGUAUGUUCUGAGGGCUGGGAGGGAAAUGCCUGCGAGUGUCCUAAGAGUAACCAAACCUGUCUGGACAGCAACGGGGGUGUGUGCAAUGGACGUGGAAAAUGUGUUUGCGGCCUUUGCGAGUGUCCGCAAUCUGGUUUUGAGAUGUCAUCGACCUGCGAGCCAAAUUUCCAGGCCACCACUCUCGGCGUGUGCGAGGCUACGAGGAGCUGCGCUCAGUGUCAGGCUUGGAAGACGGGCGAGAGGAAGGAUAAGGAGGAGUGUGACAAGUGUUCUUUCAGAGUCAAGAUGGUGGAUGAAUUAAAAGAAGCCGAUAAGGUGCUUCAUAAAUGCAGUUUCCGUGAUGAGGAGGACGACUGUACGUACCACUACACGGUGGAAAACUCCAAACUUUCAACAUCUAAAGAUUUGGAGGUCGAAGUUCUCAAGAAGAAAGAUUGUCCAGCUGCUAGCCUACUCUGGCUGCUCCCUCUCCUCUUGUUCCUCUUGUUACUGCUAGCGCUUCUGCUGCUCUGCUGCUGGAAAUACUGCGCCUGCUGCAAAACCUGCUGUCAGAGCUGCCUUGCCCUGCUGCCUUGCUGUCGGAAAGGUCGCAUGGUUGGAUUCAAGGAGGACGAGUAUCUUCUCCGCCACUCUCUGCUCACAUCAGACCACCUGGACACACCUAUGGUGAGGACGGGCCCUCUCAAAGGGACCGAUGUGGUCCGCUGGAAGGUUACGGAUAACGUCCACCGAAGUCCCAACCACCCCCAGGCUCUAAUCAAGCCCAACCCUAAAGAAACCAUUCAGUAUCCAAUCUCCCUGCGGCUUAACAGGCGCUUUUCUGAGAACCUGUCUCGUCCUGACUCCAGAGAUGCAGAACAGCUUCGUAAAGAAGCAGCAGAUAAUCUUAAUGAGGUCUACAAGCAAAUUCCUGGGGCGCAGAAAAUGCAGAAAACUUCAUUUAGAACACAGAAAAAUGCAGGAAAAAGGCAGGACUACACCAUCAUGGACACUAUGCUGUCUGCUCCUCGCAGCAGCUACCCAGAAAUUGUCAAGCUGACUGAAAGAAAUGUCCAGUCCGGACACUUCCAUGACCUUAAAGUGUUGCCCGGCUACUACACUGUUGCGACAGACAGAGAGGCUACAGGAGCUAUCGAAUUCCAAGAAGGUGUAGAGUCACUGGAUGUUCAUGUGCCUCUCUUUACCAAAGAGGAAGAUGAUGACAAGAAGCAGCUGCUGGUGGAGGCCACAGAUGUGCCGCUGGGCAUUGCCCGAAUUGGAAAACGCUUGGUGAACAUCACCAUUAUCAAAGAACAUGCCUCUAGUAUCUUCUCCUUCCUCCAGCCAGCCUAUACCUACAGUCGACAGGAUGGAGUGGCCAAUAUUCCAAUUGGUAGAGAGAUCAUUGACGACGGACGCACACAAGUCUCCUACCGUACACGAGAUCUCACAGCCAAGGAUAAAAAGGACUACGUGACUGUGGAUGGAGACCUCAGUUACGGUCCAGGUGAGACCCAAAAGACAGUUCCUGUUCGUCUGCUGGAACUUGGGGAGAAAGAUGCCCUCCUAGAUGACAAACAAGUCAAGCAGUUCGUUAUGGACCUCAGUAAUCCGCGACAGGGCGCCAAGCUCGGACGCUACCCGCGAACAACGAUCACAAUUGCUGAUCCACCGGAGCCGAGUGCGAUUAUGUUCAAGAGAGGAACCCAAAACUUCACGACUUCUGACCCAACUUACAGCAUCCCUGUGGUGCGCACUCGCAGCCAGGACGGCCCCGCGACGGUGAAGUGGCGCACAAAGAAGGGCCAACGCGUCGACCUUUCCGGCAAUUUGAAGUUUAACCCGGGAGAGACCGAGAAGAAUAUCGUGAUUGACCCGAGAAACCACCCCGCAUUGGGUCAGCCUGACACCUUCCAGCUGGAGCUGCUGGAGCCAAGUAGCAAUGCCAUUGUCGGAGAGAGGAAAACAACCGUUGUCAAUGUUAUAGAAGGAGGUCCAAGGUCUCCUGAGAUGUCCCAGAUGCAGCAGAAAGGCUAUGUUUCUCCCAAAAAUACAUUUCAUGGUGGUCGCCUUCUUGCGCCAGGAAACCCUAAGGCCAAAGCAACUGGACCUAGAAGCAUUCGUCUCAACUGGGACCCACCAGCUGGAAACCCCAUGGGAUACAAGGUGAAAUACUGGAUCUACGGCGACCCAGAGAAAGAUGCUCAGGUUUUGGAUGUUAAAAGUCCUCACGCCGAGCUGACCAAUCUGUACCCCUACUGUGACUACGAGAUGCGAGUGUCUGCCUAUAACGCUUUGGGAGACGGCAAUGACACUGACGUUAUUGCCUGUCAGACUCUGGAGGACGUGCCCGGUGAACCCGGUCGACUUGCAUUCAAUGUCAUCAGCCCAACAGUCACUCAGGUCAGUUGGGCAGAGCCCGCGGAAACCAACGGUAACAUCACGGCUUACGAGGUCAUCUACACCCCCAUCGACGAUGAUCUGAAGCAAAUCGGUGCAGCUAAGAAGGUGAAGAUAGACAACCCAAAGAAGCGAAUGCUCUUGAUUGAGAAUCUGGUGAAUGCCCAGACCUAUCAGUACAAGGUCCGUGCCAAGAAUAGUGUCGGCUGGGGCCCCUACAGAGACGCCACCAUCAACUUGGCAUCACAGCCAGCGAGACCUCUGUCCAUUCCCAUCAUUCCAGACGUCCCGAUUGUGGAUGCAGAAGCCGGAGACGAGUACGACAGUUAUCUGAUGUACAGCAAUGAGGUGCUGAAGUCUCCCGCAGGGUCCAAAACACCCAGCGUUUCUGGUGAUGAUUACAUGAUGAACGGAAAGUGGGACCAGAACUUCCUUUUCCCAGGCGGUUCUGCCACGCGCAACUUGUCUACAUCCUCCUCGCCGAUGUCCUCUUUGAACUCUAACUACAGAGGCGGCUCCUUUACCACUGAGACGACCACCAACUACAUGUCAGGAAGCCCUCAUCUGGGCGGAAUAAGUGGAAUGCCCACAUCUGAUGUCAUCAUGAGGAAGCGGUCAGAAAGAGGUUACGGGGAAGAAAACAUACGGGACUCCAUCGUCAUGGGAGAUCUAUCCAACAAGUUUCCAGACAUAGGUGUGUACGGCUUCAUUGGGUCGCAGAGUACCUCUCAGAGCCAGUUCGGCUACAGCCGGUCUCAGGGUCCCAGGGCUAGGACUCAGUCUUCCGAGGUCAAUGAAGCUCUGUAUAAUCUGGAAAGGGUGCUUCAGGAUGCAAGACUUUCCCCUGGGGUCCCAGACACCCCCAGCCGGUUGGUGUUUUCAGCUCUAGGGCCUACUGCCUUGAAAGUCAGUUGGCAGGAGCCCCAUUGCGAGAAGGACAUCUUGGGUUACACUGUCAUGUACCAGCCGCUCAAUGGAGGUGAAAUGAAGCGCAUCAACGUGACCAACCCGGCGGAAAACUCGGUGAUCAUCCAGGACCUUCUGCCGAACCAUUCGUACCUGUUCAAGGUGAAGGCUCAGAGCCAAGAGGGCUGGGGUCCCGAGAGAGAGGGCGUCAUCACCAUCGAGUCUGCUGUCGAUCCCAGGAGCCCCCUUAGUCCCAUGCCAGGGUCCCCGUUCACCCUGAGCACCCCGAGCGCACCGGGUCCCCUCGUCUUCACGGCUCUGAGCCCAGAUUCCCUGCAGCUUAGCUGGGAAAAACCUAGGAAGCCAAACGGAGACAUUCUAGGCUACGUGGUCACCUGCGAGCAGCUGCACGGAGGAGGUGACACGCGUUCCUUCCAAGUAAGCGGGGACAGCGCGGAGACCCGGCUGACCGUCCCGAACCUGACUGAGAACAUCCCCUACAAGUUCAAAGUUCAGGCCCAGACCACACAGGGUUUCGGCCCUGAGAGGGAGGGUAUCAUCACCAUCGAGUCUCAGGACGGAGGGGCUUUAUCUCAAUACAGCAAUCAAUCCAUGACGAGAAGGGAAGUUUUCAACAUGCCAACGGACAUCAGCAACAUCUCGCGCACCAUGAUCAACGACCCGUUUUUCUCAGAUGGAAUGAUGUCGACCACGCAGCUUACAGAAAGCAGCGGCAUGAUUACACGCCAAGUCACCAAGGAAGUGGUCCAGAGGAGCGUCAUGGGCGGUACCACUGUCACCAAAAAAAUGUUUUACGACUCCUAAAGUCAAGACCCAGAUUUUCCCUUUUGCGUGCUACUAGCCCAGAUAUUGGAGAUUCUCUUUUAAAAAGAGUCAGAGAGCUCAUGUACAGUCUGUAUUCAUAAUAUAUGGGAGAUUGUGGUACCAAAACAAACAACAACAAAAAAAAACUAAACGUACACUCGAGUGGUCAAACAAAGGUGAGAAAGAUGUUUCGUCACGUCUGUUACAAACUUUGACCACUUGCCCUUUCAGAUUCAUCUUCUCUUUCCAUUACUCGUCUGUUUUUGUCUGGUAAACAACAUGUGCACGCAGUGUAUUUAAAGCAGGCAGGUAAUCUGACUGCGCUUAAUCCCGAAUGACACCACGCCCUUGCGACACUGUUUUGUAUGGAUAUUAUUUACGGAUAAUGUCACGUUAACAUAUUUACAAAUAGUGUUGCACCGAUACGGCACUAAAGAGGGAGGGAAAAAACACAAGUCACACCGGAUGUACUGCCAAACAGUGUGUUUCCUUUAUACACUGCCUGACAGCCAGCUAACAUUGAAUGCACUUCCAUAAACCCCAAGGCUUGGUCUUUUCUUGCUUUUAUGGGAAGACACUUGUCUUAAUAUUGUGAAACUACAACACAAAAAACGUACACAAGUUCAACACUCAAUAUACAACAAACUGCACAAUACACUUAUAUACACACCUUUUAUAGCCUACGGAUAACACACUUGCUUGAGCUACUAGUUUUGAGCAUUGUCUGGCUUCUAUAAUACAACAACAACAACUUAAAAAGUUUUCUACAUAUGCAUAUGACCCUUCACCACAGAGAUAUACAUCCACUGCGCAUCAAUAGGUUAUUCGAAAAGCAAAAUACUUACAGACAUUAUUUCCGAGGCGGAAACGUAACAGAAAGCAUUCACUAGUGUCAAUGCUACCGCUAGGCACCGCACUGUGUAAUUGAAUGAGCUUGUGAGCCAAACUGUGACAAAAAAAAUAGAUGCAGCGAAUUAUUCUGACCGGCAGGUGGCAGCAAUGCCCCGCAAAUGGUCAACUGAUUUCCCAUACUGGUGUGUAAAGCCAGCACACCUGAGUAGAAAUUGAAAAUUUGACAAAAACGCAUGUGCGAAGACGUUCCUCUAGCUGUUGACAGCUAGCUUUUAGCUCACAAUUAGCUUUUUGGUUUUGUUUUCUUCAUUUCAGUAAGAUUUUGCCAGUCCCUUACAAGUUUGUCGUCAACUACAAACUUUCUUUCUGAGGCUCGAUUACCAUUUCUGGCAGGAUCAGGGCCGGACCAGGCCAUUUGGGGGCCCUAAGCAAAAAAAUGCAAAAGGGCCCAUAUUUUUGGCCCACCAUUUCGUCACAGAGUACUGUGAAACCCAUACAUGCAAUCCAACCCAUAAAUCCAUAUUUUGCAUAUUAAUCAGAUUUUGUUGCACUGCAUACUUCAAACUUCUCACCCCAAAUGAUUGUCAGUACUUACAGUAGAUAGCGCCAAACCUUUUUCUAAAAGAGGAAAGAAAGAAGUUAAGGUAGAACUUUUAUUUUUUUAAGCCUGUAAUCAAGUAUCAAAACUCACAAAAGUCAAAUAAAGCAAACUGCAGUCGACAAAAUAGAAUAUAAAUUAAACAAUUGCCAGAUUGGGGGCCCCCUAGUGGUCAGGGGCCAUAAGCAGCUGCAUAGUCUGCGUGUAGGCUGGGCCGGCCCUGGGCAGGAUAUUUUACUACUUGCAGCUUGUCAUCUGCAGAAUAUGAUUUUCGUUUCAGUGCCAUUUUGUCCUGCCCUUCUCAGUUCUUUUUAUAAAUUACCGCCAAAUCGGGGGCGUCGCUAGGUUUAGAGAACAGAGGGGGCUUAGCCCCCAGGAGAUGCGCAGGAUGUAAGUGAACGUAGCGUACAAGCACAAAACUUCACAAACAGCUAACAAAGACUGAUAAUUUAUCAUUAUUAUUAUUAUUAUUAUUGCUGUUGUUUCAGUCUAUUUUUUUUACACAGUACAACAACAACAAAAAAGCCUACAGUUGCUAGUUACUUGGUAGAUGGAAGCAUCAAAGAUUGCGUUUGCUUUUAAGGACAGCAAAAUCGUUCUAUCACUCUGCUCUGACCCCCUACAGGUCAAUAAAGGUGGUGGAGUGAUUAUUAUUAGUGUAUUAUGAUGACUAUCCACUGAUGAUAAUCAUAUGUGAAUGAGCACAGCUCCUGUAUUCAUAUUUGCGCAAAGUGAGAAACACAACUGAUACUCCAGAAGGAAGUCACCCCAAAGAUAAUGGUAAUAAGAGUGCACAAUUAACUCGAUAAACAACCAGGACCUUCACAAUGCAUUUCAGACUGACUAGCUGGCAGCAGUUUAGUAGCAGCGUUAUUUUAGAGCUGGGAUGUAACUUUUGACCGCAAAACAAACAAACAAAGGUAAGACAUGCGCAAAGAUUGUCUGUAGUGUGCAAACCAGGUUUUUAUUUGUCAAACACAGAGCAGUUGGUCCAUAUAUCUGCUCGAUAUAUCGGCCGGCCGAUAUAUCGGUCAACCUCCAAUGAUAGCAUUAUUUUACAUUGGAGUAUGCAAUAAUUUAAUCUAUAAAGGAAAAAAAAAAAUCCAAAACAUGUGGUAUCGGCAUCGCCCAAUAUCACAUAGCUGUGUAUCGGCGCAACACUAUAAUUACAAAACCACACAUUCUUUUGAGAACUAAUUUUAUUGCAAGUGAUUUCAGCCCAAAGCUUCAUGAUUUGCCACAAGUGUUUUUAUUUUGAACGACAAAGCAAAUUAUGGCAAACUAAAGAAGUCUUGUGCUUGCAAUUAAACAAGUGCCAAAUAUAGUCUGUUCUUAAAGCAACAUCCGCUGUAUUUACUCCUUUCUACAAAUGAUUUGAUAAAGUGUAUUUGGUUUCACAUUUUCUAAGAUGUUUUAUACUCGAUAUAUGAUAUAUAUAGUACCUAAUACUACUGAUGUUUUUGUUGAAAAGCAUUAAGCAGAAUUCUAUUUAGGACUAUAAGGUUGUAUUUGCUUUAGUGCACAAAUAUAGUCAAAUUGUACGGCAUCGUCGUGAUAUAUUUCUGCUUUUGCGAAAAGAAAAUUUGAUGUGUUGGGUUUGACAUGAAUAAAAUGACAGAUUUAUAAAAAAAAAUUUUUUUUAAGUAUCAAAAUUUUAAGAUGUGCUUGCCAUUGUAAUUUUCUGUAUGUAAGAUUUGUUGCACUUAAUAAAGAUACAAAACAAUUUGUGGUAUUAGCGCUAUUUAUUGACAUGAUAGGGAAAAGGCAUUGAUAAAAAAAUACAAGCAAGGAAAUCCACAUUACAAGAAAUUGUGUGUACAUGCAAGUCGUCUGCUUUUUUUUUCCUUCCAAGGAAGCUUUACAAUGAAGCACUACGUAUGACACGUUUGUGUUUUUGCCUUUACUCAGCAUGUUUCUCAUGCGCUAAGUACCAAAGAAAGAAAAUGAAAUCCACCUUUAAAAAAUAUCCCUUGACAAAAAACUUUCACACUCUCUUCAACUGUACAAAAAGCGAUUUAGCUGAAAACAAACAGGUGCUGUAAAAUUCUGUUUAUCCAUUGGACAAUUUAGGCCCAAUUUU